UCGCCUAUCACAACAAUUUCGUGAAGCCACAAAAAGAAAAUAAAGAAAAGGAAAAGAAGGGGAUCUCAUCAUUCUCUCAAUCAAAGUUUUUAGGGUUUUGAGUUUUCUCUCUCUCAUAAUUCCCCUAAUCACAUCUUGCAUUCCCUUUUUCUUAUCUGUCAAAUCAACGGCCUUGUUAUUGUUUCUGGGAUAAGGGAUUUCACGUUUUUGUGUUUGAAGGACUGAAUGAUCUAAUGGAGUCAAAAGGUGGGAAGAAGAAGUCUAGUAGUAGUAGUAGUAGUAGUAAAUCCUUGUUCUACGAAGCUCCCCUUGGUUACAGCAUUGAAGACAUUCGACCUAACGGUGGCAUCAAGAAGUUCCGCUCUGCUGCUUACUCCAACUGCGCUCGCAAACCAUCCUGAUAUUCUUCUAGUAGACUACCAGACCACAUAAAGUGGUCAAUAUUAUUAGUUUAGUUAGUUUUAAAUUCUCCUUCAACAGAUAUCUUCCUCUUUCUGUCUCUCUCUGCGACUGCUAUUUCCUGACUACUGUGACAUUUUCAACUGUGAUCUUUGAAACACAUUCUCCUUGUGAGUGUUACUGCAUUUGCAUCCCUGAAAGUGAAACGCUUUGCUGCUUUGAUUGGUCAAUAUCGCCAUGGCGGUCUCUGCAAUUGGUUUUGAAGGUUAUGAGAAGAGGCUAGAAAUAACAUUUUUUGAGCCUGGCAUUUUCGUUGAUCCUGAAGGAAAGGGACUUCGAGCUCUCUCCAAGGCUCAGUUGGAUGAGUUUCUUGGACCUGCUGAAUGUACUAUUGUUGAUUCAUUGAAAAAUGACCAUGUUGACUCUUAUGUCCUUUCUGAGUCUAGCCUCUUUAUAUAUCCUUACAAGCUUAUAAUCAAAACCUGUGGGACUACAAAGCUGCUUCUUGCAAUCCCACCAAUUUUGAAGCUGUCUAAUGCUCUGUCCCUUAAAGUGAAAUCCGUGAGGUACACUCGUGGGAGCUUCAUUUUCCCUGGAGCUCAGUCUUAUCCUCAUCGCAGCUUCACUGAAGAAGUUGCUGUCCUAGAUGAUUAUUUCGGCAAACUUGGUGGGGGCAGUAUGGCUUAUGUAAUGGGUGGGUCUGACAGUGACAGCCCACAGAAAUGGCAUGUUUACUCUGCAUAUGCAGAUUCUGCUAUCUCCCGCGACCUUGUUUACACUGUAGAGAUGUGCAUGACUGGUUUGGACCGGCAGAAGGCUGCUGUUUUCUUCAAGACUCGAUCAGCUUCUGCAGCUGUCAUGACUGUUGAUUCUGGCAUAAGAAAGAUUCUUCCAGACUCGAAAAUAUGCGAUUUUGAUUUUGAUCCAUGUGGUUACUCAAUGAAUUCAAUUGAAGGUUCUGCUAUAUCUACCAUUCAUAUUACUCCAGAAGAUGGUUUCAGCUAUGCUAGCUUUGAAACAGUAGGAUAUCAUCCAGAAGAAGUGAAUCUGAACCAGUUGGUUGACAGGGUGUUGUCUUGUUUCCAGCCAAGCCAAUUCUCCAUUGCUGUGCAUGCUGAUGUUGCUGGUAAACAACUAAUGCGGACUUGUUCACUUGAUGUCAAGGGAUACUGUCGUGGAGAGAGUAGCUUUGAAGAGUUUGGGAAGGGUGGUUCACUUGUCUACCAGAAGUUCAUUAGGACUGGGGACUCUGGCUCUCCUAGGUCAACUCUGAAAUGCUGCUGGAAAGAGGAAGAAGAUGAAGAAGGAUAUUAAUACCGUGUUUAAUUUCUAUGGUCCAUGUCUAUUAAUAAAUCAAAACUUUUGGUCUCAGGCAUAGCCUGAUGACAGUAAUGUAGUAGGAUUUGUGCUUUUCUUUAUGGUCCGUGUCUGUUAUCGCAGUCCGGAAUGUGUUCAUCUUUAGUUUUUGGUUGUGUUUUAUCUUUUUUAAUGUUUGGUUGCCUGUUUGUAUUGCCAGUUAUGGCUCCUCUGAUCUCUCACAUGUGAGACCAGUUUUAUCUUUAAGUAAAGAAGUUUGCGUAUAUGUUCGGACUUGUAAUA